AUCACUAUUUCCUGUGCGAUUGUCCUGAGACUUAUAUGAGCAAUGACCUUCCUUGAUGAAAUUUUAUCCGCUUAUUUUGGUUCAUUGUUGCUUCAGCCACAAGUUACAUCAUGUAGACCGUUCAGUGUUUUCUUUUAAUAAUUUGAUUUAUGGUGUGCUUUUCCUUUCUGCGUCAUUUUAGCGCCUUAAUGAAUAUUUGAAAUGUGGGGUCAUUUGCAUGAUUGAAAUUUUAAAACAGUGUCGAAAAAAGUUAUUCUCAAAGAAUUCAAACAUUUACAGUUUGAAUUACAUUACAUUUUAAAUGAGUGAAAAAAUAAAAGCAAGCAAGUGUUAAAACCAACGGCCUCGGUCGAGAGACUUUAUUCGUGAGGAAAGCUUACCUACUUGCACUGUAGGUAGGACAUCUUCGUUCCAAACCUGUAAAGCAUCGACGCGCAAUGUCGGUGACAAAAAUCACGAAACACAUUUAUAUCAACAUCUAGGCCGAGAUGUGGAUCUAGAUUUCUCCUACUUUGGGACAGCCUCGUUGUUCGGAAAAAUUCUCACUCAAUUCCGGCUACGAUGCAAAGACAUUCUCAUUCGAAGUUUCGGAGGUCUCGAUCCAAGUUUCGGUCGUGGUCCUCGACUUCAAGUUCUUGUAGCAGUUCCAAUUCAAGAUCUUGCUCACCAAGAGAAAGUGAUUUCUCCGAUGACGAAGAAAGCAAAUCGCUAUCACAAAAUAAUUCCUUCAAACAUUUUAAAAUGUCUUCAAACUCCGAACAGCCUUGGAGCCUCAGAGGGCCGACAAGUUCUUCGAAUCUAAUCAGAGAAAAAAUUUACACCAAUUGGCAGUCUGGGCUCCAAAAAUCUCUCACUCCGUCCAAAGUUCCAUCAAACAGACGGACUGAGAAUUCAAGAAAAGAAAAUAAAGCUUCCUCGGACGAUCUACGGGCAUUUUUGACACUUAAGCGUAGAAUGUUCAAUUUAACAACUCAUGAUCUCAACAUGGACUCAAACAAUUUGAACAAGAUUACAUCUCUCCGAUCUGAGUCUUCCAAGUCCUCGCAUAUUCAAGAAAAUGUGAUUGCAAACAAACCAUUUGGGCAUGAAUCUAACGAAGAUUCCAUCCAGCAAAAAUUUAAUGAUGAUAUCAACGCCAGUCACUGCGCGCCAGGACCGAUCGAGUCAAUGGGGAAUUUACAUACAUUAGUAAGUGAAACGUUUCUAUCUCAAGCCAUCAACAAAGAUCUGAAGGCAGAAACACAUGCAUGGGAUCUCUAUAAUUACAAAAUUCCAAAAAAAACAGUCGUCGAGAAAUGUUCGAUGAGCUCAAAAACCACAACAAAUCUCUCUCAAAAACAGAAAAAAGUAACCGCGCAGCACUGUCAUAUUUUCAAUAGAAAACCUAUCGUAUCAAAUACAACAGAUAACUCAGUUUGCAACAAUUCAACCGAUAAAUCUGCAAUUGGUAAUUAUGGCGGUAAAAAUCACCCUAAAGAUUCUAAAGUACGGACUGAACUCUCGUGUAAAGCAAAUCUUUUUCAUUUGAAUAAAAAGCCACCAAGCCUUGAAAAAUCCGAAACUUUUUCUUCGUCAUGUGAACAUGCUACCCAAAAAUGUGGGCGCAGUAAUGGAGACGGUAGAAUAACAAGCAAGAAAUUGUGUCCAUCCCUAAAUUUAGCAAAGGAUUCAGGAACACAUCCAAACUCAAAUGAAAAAAGACAGUCGGUAAGAGCAGAAAAAAAUAAAUGUAUGUCCUUGAUGUUACCAAAACAUGGGAUCAGCAUGAAACGGACAUUCAAGCAUAAGAUUCCUUCCCCGAAAGUGUCGAAGGUGGAAGACAACCUUUGUCAUAAGAUAAUUCAGCAUGGACCAUUGGAGCAAGUUGAGCAGAAAACUAAAUGUUUUAUUCCGUCUCUUGAAAGAGAAUCAAAUAACCACAAGGAAUCUGUUGCUGGUAAGAAAAAAGAAGUUUCAUCUGUUAAGACACUGAAAUCGUUAGCAACCUCGGUGUUAGAAAAUAAUGUCCUCCCUCGUGUAAGCAUAAAGAGGUUGUCAUCAAAAUUAAUUGCUAAUUUUGGCACUGCUUCUUCUACUUCACCUAAAAAACCCUCAUUAACCGAGCAGUUACGUGAAAGAUCAACCAUAAGCAUAGAAGCAGAUUUUUAUGGGAGUGCUUUCUCCAAUAUCAAAAUUCCAAAAGGAGUAACUCUGAUUAAAUGUGUGGUAACUUUAGAGAGGUCAUCGUCUCUUCUUCUAGGGGGUGAAAAGAUAGCUAUGCCAAAGUUUCACAACAUCAUCACCAAAUCGUCUUCAUCAAAAGCAGAUAUGUCAGCUCAUGAGAGUUCAAGUGGCACACCAGCAGUCAGUGAAUUAAGCAGUAUGAAGAAUUCUACAGGUGAAAACCUAAGCACUGGACUUUUGUAUAAAGUAGAGGAUACUUAUCUGAGUAAUCAGCUAAAUGGCUGUAAUCAGGUUAGCACAUUUCCUAUAUCAUCAGAGCACACGGUCAAAAAUUGCGGGCAAACUAAGGACAAUGACAUAUCUUUCAAAAACAAAUUUGCAUCCUCAGAUUUAUCAAAAGAGUUAGUCACGCAUGCAGAUUUCAAUGGAAACAGGCAGUCUCAGAGCAUAGAGAUAACACCAUCAUUAAUUUCAGAAGAUGGGGGUAACAUGAAGAGUGCCUUUGUGUAUAAAAUUCCCCCCAUCAAAAUCUCAAAAGGAGACAGCAACAUUUGGCAGAUAUUCCAGCAUCAACCAUCGGACCAAACAGCACCAGAAACGGACAAGUUACUUUCGCCACCUGAAGCAGAAGCAAACAUACAUACGGAAACUGACACCACCGAUAUAAACGAAGUUAUAUCUUCAAGGGAACCAAAAUUGUCAGCAAUCUUGACACUAGACAGGGAUGACUUCUCUCGUGAAAACGCAGAGAAGUGUUCACCAAAAUUAAUUUCGAAUUUUGGCACUACUGCCUCUAUUGAAAAUGAGCAAUCAUCAUCAGAGGGACAGUCACGAGAAAAAUCAAACAGAGAACUAAUAAGAGAACUUUAUGGGAGUGCUUUCUCUAAUAUCAAGAUUCCAAUAGGAGUUACCCUAAAGAGAUGUAAUGUAACUAUACAAAGGGUAUCAUCUUCUCUAAGUGACAAAAGGAGAGUUAUGCCUGAGUUUCACAACUUUUCCACCAAAUCUAGUUCAUCGAAAGCAGGUGAGUCGUCUCAUUGCAAUUCAAGUAAAGAAAGAGCAAUGAGUGAAUUUGGCAAUGUGAAGCGUUCUACACAUGCUAAAUCACACACUAAAUUCUCACAAAAAGCAGAAAAAAUGCAUCUAAGUAAAAGGCCGGGAAAAUUCAAAAAAUGCGAAUAUUUUCCCGUGUUAUCAGAAUAUUCUGUCCCAAAGUGGGAAAAAAGGAGCAGAAACAAUGAAAUAUCAUCCGACAAAAUGUUUCCAUGUCUGGAUUUAUCUGAAAAACCAGUCACAGAUGUAGAUCUUAAGCAAACUCAUAACAACAAUAAAAAAUAUUACACGUAUAAGAUUCCUCCCAUCGCAAUUUCAAAAGCAAACGGCAACAUCUGGAAAGUAAAACAGCAUCAACCAAUGGAUUCAGCUGUAUCGAAAUUGGGUGAUUCUCUGCCGAUGCCAGAAACAGAAUCGAACAGUGGAAAAUAUGAUGCUCCCAAUUCGAAUGACGUUUCAUCUAAGAGCGCAUCGAAAUUGUUAUCAGCCUGGGGUUUGGAUGAGAAGGUUGUUCCUCAAGAAAUCGUGGAGGAAUGGGCACUAAAUUUAACUUCCACUCUCGAUGAUUUGAAGCUUCUAAUAAAAUUACAGAACCCAGCGAACAAUCUGCAAGAAGACAGUUGCACGAAAGAUAAAAAAACAGAGACCUGAGAAAGAGCUAUUGCGUCAACUGUAAUAUCAGUCUUAUAAAUCGAUAUGUAUCGAUUUCCCAUGUCUCGAUGAUAUCAGAAACUACACCAACUAUCAGCUGAUAUUGUUUUAGGUUACUUUAAUGGCUCGAAUCCUGUUUGGCUGAAAAAUGAGUUCCUGAAAAAUGGUUUUUCAAUAUACUUUGAAACAUUAUUUACUGUAAAAUCAGAUUUUUCCCCCUUGAUUAUUAUAUUCUUUUGUCCUAUUUCUUGGUUUUUACAAAAAUUCUAGUCUUCAAAAUUUUUA